UAUUCCAAAUGUAUGGGCAAUUUUUCCAAUGUUGCGAAACAAAAACCCUUCACCCAGCCCAAGUACAUACUUGCUCUCCUUUAAAUGUAUACGUACUCAAAUACAAUGCUACCAUUACGAAACAAGCAAUUGAGAAAUCAAUCAUAUUUCAGCACGAAAUGUGACUAAAUUGAGUUUUUUAACUUUCAAAUCAACUAGCGUUUUGAAUUUUGAGUUAAUUACUAUGAUUGUAACAUAGAGGAUGCCACCACACAGUUACCGACCACAGCUGAUGCAACCAUGCAAGCACCAACCACAGCUGAUCAAACCACGCAGGCACCAACCACAGCUGAUGCAACCACACAGUUACCGACCACAGCUGACACAACCACGCAGGCACCAACCACAUCUGAUCAAACCACGCAGGCACCAACCACAUCUGAUCAAACCACGCUGGUACCAACCACAGCUGAUGCAACCACACAGUUACCGACCACAGCUGAUCCAACCACGCAGGCACCAACCACAUCUGAUCAAACCACGCAGGCACCAACCACAGCUGAUCCAACCACGCCUGCUCCAACAACGCAGGCACCUACCACAUCUGAUCAAACCACGCAGGCACCAACCACAGCUGCUCCAACCACGCAGGCACCAACCACAGCUGAUCCAACCACGCUGGCACCAACCACAGCUGAUCCAACCACAGCUGAUCCAACCACAGCUGAUCCAACCACAGCUGAUCCAACCACGCAGGCCCCAACCACAUCU